CUUUCUCGCCUUGUCCUCGUCUGCCAUCGUCUAUCCCAAGUCCACGGACAUCAAUCCCCGACCAACCGCCAUUUAUCCCCCCGACCUCCCUUCCUCAACCGCAAUCCCGCCGGCAUUGGCCGCCCUCGCAGACCCUGACACCCAGCCAGGCCCCGAUCUGGUCGCCCGCCGUGCACCAUGGGCAACGAAUCCUCAACCGUGGUGGACGAUUCCACCCCUCCCUCCGUGCUGGAGGCGCGCAACCUCGAGGGGGUGGCCAAGUAUAUCAAGCAAAGAUCGGUGCAGCGGGUGGUGGUGAUGGUCGGAGCAGGCAUUAGUACUUCGGCAGGGAUCCCCGAUUUUCGCUCCCCCGACACGGGCCUCUACAGCAACCUGGCGUACCUGGAUCUGCCGGAACCGGAGGACGUGUUCGACAUUGGCUUCUUCCGCGAGAACCCCCGGCCGUUCUACGCCCUCGCCCGCGAGCUGGCCCCCGGCCAGUUCCGUCCCACCAUCGCACACUCGUUUAUCAAGCUACUCUACGACGAGGGCCUGCUGAUGAAGCACUUCACCCAGAACAUCGACUGCCUGGAGCGCCUGGCCGGCGUGCCGGGCGACAUGAUCGUCGAGGCUCAUGGAAGCUUCGCGACGCAACACUGCAUCGACUGCAAGGCGGAAUACCCGGAUGAUCUCAUGAAGGCGGCCGUCGCCAAGGAGGAGGUGCCGCACUGCCUCCAGUGCCAGGGGCUGGUGAAGCCGGACAUUGUAUUCUUCGGCGAGGCGCUGCCGGCGGACUUCUUCGAGAACCGCGAGCUGCCCGAACAGGCGGAUCUCUGCAUCAUCAUGGGGACAAGCCUAACGGUGCAGCCGUUUGCCAGCCUGCCCGGGCUGGUGCGCGAAGGGGUGCCGCGCGUGCUCAUCAACAUGGAGCGGGUGGGCGGGCUGGGGUCCCGGCCCGACGACGUGCUGGUCCUGGGCGACUGCGACACGGGGGUGCGGAAAUUGGCGCGGGCGCUGGGGUGGGAGCAGCAGCUGGAGGCGAUGUGGGAGGCCACCAAGCCGGAUCAGGGGACGCGGGAGGCGGAGCAGGGGCCUCCGCCAACGCGAGAGGAGCAGCUCCAGGACGAGGUGGACCGGUUGACGGAGGAGGUGGACCGCACGCUGGGGUUCUCCAGCGCGUAUGAAGAGCGGGUGCGGCGGCACCUGGAGGGCACAUCGUCGCAGAAGACGGACAGUGCGGAGGAGACAACGAGGAGGACGACGACAACAACAGGCGCGGGGCAGAACGAUAGCGAGAGCGUCGGGGGACUUGGGCAUGUGUUCCCGCAUCUGGCACGGGCCAACAAAAGCGGGUGAGGAGCGGAUGACAUGGAUGGGAUGGGAUAGGAUAGCAUAGAUGGCCCCUGGCCGGAUGGCGUUGGGUGGCUGGCGUUGAGGCCUCCCGACUGGCCGGAAUGAGGGGGAAUCCCAAUCGGGAGCGAGAACCCCCACGACGAUACAUACAUACUGAUACUGUUAGAAUAAUGAG